AUGCCAAAUUGGAAGUCGUACGAAGCAACCGUUCGCCUCCUCAGCGCCAUUGUGGCCGCCCACCCAAGUCUAAAACUCGAUUACGCAGCAAUAUCCAAGUACUACGGAGAUGAGUCAAAUUAUCAGCAGAUUUGGCGUGGUAUGAAUGGCAUAAAGCGUAAUGCCGAGAGCCUCCGAAAAGCAGUCGAUGCAGGUCUCAAUGCCUCUACUGUCAAUCUCGAGAAUGAUUUCAGCGUUAAGAAAGCAAUCAGCGUUCGCUUUGGUGGAGAUUGCACUGCCUCUGCACUUGACAACAGAUUUAGGCGUCUGAAGUCCGAUGCCAAACUGAUCAAUGCUGCCGUUGCCAGAGGAGAAGAUCCGAUCCUCAUGAACGUGGGCGAUACGAAUGGAGAAAUUGCCUGCAAAGGAAAGGGUGGGAAUGAGUUGAUGUUUUUUCUCGUCUUCCAAGUUCCAUAUCACAAGAGCACAGAUUUGUCCCUUUUUGCCUACACUAAUGCUGUAUUAGCAAUUUCCGUGCUUAUGGGAUCAGCAACUCCAGCUAGUCACAUCCAAUCGCAGCUUCGAGAAACCAUCAAACCUCUUGGUGAACGCUUGAUUGCCAUGCGUGAUGCCGGCGAGGACUGCAAAGAUGUCGAUUUGACUGACUUGGGUACUCGCCGAUAUAAGGCUGAGAUUGCUGCAAAGAUGGGAUCAGAUGUCACUGCUAUUAGUGUUAAAGCACAGUUCCGUCGAAGCCUCAGAGUUUUGGCUGCUCAGGUUGCCAAGUACAUGGGUUCGGAUGUCACUUCCACAGCUAUCAAGAUCCAGUACAAUGCAACCAUCAGAGCUCUUUCCCGUCGUCAAAUAGCUUUUUUUGAUGCCGGUAAAGAUCCUUUGGAUGUCUCCUUGAACAACCCAAAAGGUGAGAUUGUUGCAAUUAUGGGAUCCGAUGUUACCGUCGAAGCCAUUAAGCAACAGAUUGGCAAGCGUGUUAAGGUUCUUGGCAGUCGCCAAACCAAGAUGCGAACAGCUGAAAUGGACAAACAUAUGGGAGACUGCACUAUUUCCGGUCUUCGAUUUCAAUUCGAUACCCGUUACAAGGUCAUUGCCAAACGCCAAAAGGCUAUGCUGGCUGCAGGAAAAAAUCCUUUAACGGUUGAUAUUGUCACUGGUGGCAAGACUGAAGUUCAAAAGUGUUUUGGUUCGGAUGCUACUCCUGGUGGAAUCAAAUUCCAAUUUGCAACCACCAUCAAGAAGAAUGUCGACCAGAUUCGCAAUGCGAGAGCUGCUGGCAAAGACUGCAAGGAUAUCACAUUCAAUUCCAAUGAAAUGGCGAAGCACUUCGGUUCGGACACAGAUGUCACCUCUAUAAAGUGGCAAUUCCGCGGCAUCAGAGCUGGUGCUAAGAUCCAAAAAGAUGCAGUGCUCAACGGAAAAGAUCCCAAGGAGUUUGACGUGGCUCUGAAUCCAGAUCCUAGAAAACGCAGCACAAUGGCAAAAUGGUUGGAUGAUGGUACCACCACAUCUGCCCUGGAACAUCGAUUUCGACCCAUCAAAGCUGCUGCUAAGAAUGCCACCGCCGAGAAAUUUGGUGAUGGUGUUACAGGUAAGGCUGUAUCCAUGCGCAUGGAAAGAAUGCGCAAAGAACCCCCUUGGGAUCUCAACUCUCCACCCGGUACUAAUGAUUCCCUAGGUGCAACACCCAAAAAGGCUCGUGCUCAGCGCACCCCCAAGAAAUCCGUCAAGAAGGCCGCUGCAUCCAGCAACGAGGAGGGAGACGACGAUAGUGACAUGGAAAUGGCUACCCCAUCCAAGAAGGGCUCUCCAGUCAAGAAGGAAAAUCUCAAUAAAGUCAAAGUCGGCCGCGUCGAAAAGAAACCCGCGACUCCCAGCCGUGCUGCUAAGACUAACAUUAAGAGCUAUGUUGAUUCCGAUGACGAGGGAGACGAUGAUCUUAUUAUCAAGGAUGAGGAUAUCAGUGCUUAUGAUUUUGGCCGCGCUGCAGAUGGUGAUGAGGAUAUGCUUGGUGGUGGUGGAUUUGGGGGUGGAAAUGGCCAUGGUCUUGUUCAUGGAAAUAGAGGUGAUGAUGUUGAGGAGGAAGAUGUUUUCUACGACGAUGAGUCUUAG